AAAGCCGGAAUAGAGAACGGUAGAAAUUCAUUCGGAAAAUGAUUUGCACGUGCACGGAUACGGAGUCCAUGCUUACGUCCGUCUACAUUCGCAAUUGCGUAUUUGCUCGGUUCUCGCAGCGAUCGUGUGUGUUUGUUCGUGCGUCGGCAGAGGCAGAGAAGGUCAGCGGCGCGCGCAAGGACCUCCCCUCAGCUACUGUGCGAAUAGCAAGUGACACGAGGUGAUCAGUCGCAUCUCCGAACCCGUCUCGCCAUGCUUCGGAAAACGCGUUCCGAACCCCGGGGAUUCGCUGUGUUCGGACACGAUCUUGACUAAUUGCGCGCGGCAUAGAAACAAACGCAUAUUUAAAGGAAUACGACGUAUGUGCGCGCGUUUUAAAGGUUGAAGGUGGGACUUGUGGAUUUUAUUACUUUGGCAUUUGAGAAUCAGCUGCUGAUUGUUCGGAAAAAGUAAUUAUGUGGCGCUAGUUAACGCUGCGAGGGGUCUAAGUCCGUACCUGGAAAACCCUUGAUGAUAGAAACGGAUAUAACGAGAAAAUUAAGAUGGUGCUUAACGACAGCUGCGAAACAUGUGAUUUACAGCACAGUGGGCGUGAUGGAGGGGCAAGCCGUUCGAAGUGAUGUGCGCAAGUGUAAAACGAAGUGUCAUUAGUGCCGUGGACUGAAACAAGCGGACCAUGUACAAGAUGUGGGCGCAGGUCGUAGCCACCAGGUCCAGGAGAUGUGUCGCGUGCGUGGUGCUGGCUUGCAUCCUGCUCACCGUGCAGGUUAUCACGCACCAGGUCAGACAAGAGGCCGUGGUGGACGAGAGUAUGAACCCACAACAGUUAACGACGAUGUUGAAACAAGACGAAGAGGGUUUUAAGCUUCCAAUCAUUCCUGCCAAAGGCUUUGAUCUGAGAGCGGCGCAAGUCGGGAAAGCGAAAGGCGACAUCUUGAAGAAUCUCUCAGAACUCGACAUCAAGCAGUUGCAGAAGGUGCAGCAGUUCGUCAAUUCCGCCCACGACCCCCAGGCAGUUGAAGAAUUUCGAAUUGACCAAGCCCUGCAAUCACUAAAAGUGCGGCUCCUCGAGGAGAUCAGAACAGCGCCAGAAGUUCCCGGCGAUCCACUGGAGCGCCGACCCGAGGCCAGGCCAUCUCGACAGGGCCCGCCCGACCGACGCCACGUGAGGGAGGUGCGGCGCGCGGAGCGCGCGCGACACUUUGUAUGUAGGCCUUUUGAAGGGCAGUCUAAAACGGAGCUUCGCGAGGGGUUCCUCAAGAUCAAUUGCAUUCAGGUGCUUUAG